UGCAUUCCUUGAAUCUUCGCAGAAAAGAAUUCUUUAAUCAGAGUUAGUAAUGUGGACAGUACAAAAUCGAGAGAGUUUGGGGCUUCUCUCUUUCCCUGUGAUGAUUGCCAUGGUCUGUUGUGCACACAGCGCCAAUGAGCCCAGCAACAUGUCAUACGUGAAAGAGACAGUGGAUAGAUUGCUCAAAGGAUAUGACAUUCGCUUGCGGCCGGACUUUGGAGGUAAUGCUUCAUCUUUUUUUUCAACCUGGCCCCCCGUGGACGUCGGGAUGAGGAUCGAUGUCGCCAGCAUAGACAUGGUCUCCGAAGUGAACAUGGAUUAUACACUCACCAUGUAUUUCCAGCAGUCUUGGAAAGACAAAAGGCUUUCUUAUUCUGGAAUCCCACUAAACCUCACGCUAGACAACAGGGUAGCUGACCAACUCUGGGUACCAGACACCUACUUUCUGAAUGACAAGAAAUCAUUUGUGCAUGGGGUUACAGUGAAAAAUAGAAUGAUCCGACUGCAUCCUGAUGGAACAGUUCUCUACGGACUCCGGAUCACAACCACAGCUGCGUGUAUGAUGGAUCUACGAAGAUACCCUCUGGAUGAACAAAACUGCACCCUGGAGAUUGAAAGUUAUGGCUACACCACUGAUGACAUCGAGUUUUACUGGAAUGGAGGAGAAGGAGCAGUAACAGGAGUGAAUAAAAUUGAGCUUCCUCAGUUUUCCAUUGUUGACUAUAAGAUGGUGUCCAAGAAGGUGGAGUUCACAACAGGGGCAUAUCCACGACUGUCACUAAGUUUUCGUCUAAAGAGGAACAUUGGUUACUUCAUUUUGCAAACCUACAUGCCUUCCACACUGAUUACAAUUCUGUCCUGGGUGUCGUUUUGGAUCAACUAUGAUGCCUCUGCAGCCAGAGUCGCACUAGGAAUCACCACGGUGCUGACAAUGACAACCAUCAGCACUCACCUCAGGGAGACCCUGCCAAAGAUCCCUUAUGUCAAAGCGAUUGAUAUUUACCUGAUGGGUUGCUUUGUGUUUGUGUUCCUGGCUUUGCUGGAAUAUGCCUUUGUAAAUUACAUCUUCUUUGGAAAAGGCCCUCAGAAAAAAGGAGCUGGCAAACAAGACCAGAGCGCUAAUGAGAAGAACAAACUGGAGAUGAAUAAAGUGGACGCCCACGGCAACAUUCUCCUCAGCACCCUGGAGAUCAGGAACGAGACGAGCGGCUCGGAAGUGCUCACGGGCGGGAGCGACCCCAAGGCUACCAUGUACUCGUACGACAGCGCCAGCAUCCAGUACCGCAAGCCGCUGAGCAGCCGCGAGGCGUACGGGCGCGCGCUGGACCGGCACGGCGCCCACAGCAAGGGGCGCCUCCGCAGGCGCGCCUCGCAGCUCAAAGUCAAAAUCCCCGACUUGACUGAUGUGAAUUCCAUAGACAAGUGGUCCCGAAUGUUCUUCCCCAUCACCUUUUCUCUUUUUAACGUCGUUUAUUGGCUUUACUAUGUACACUAA